UUGGUGGAAUAGGGGAAAUAAGUUGAAUGUGACAUCUUUGGAAGAUUGGAUAAGCCAAGGAAAAGGAACAGCAUUAGAUCAUUCCAUGAAGUUGUUCAAUCAUCUUAAAGAACUAGGAGUUAAGAUCUUUCUUGUUUCUUCAAGAAAAGAACAUCUUAGAUCUCCUACCAUUGACAAUCUUGUCCAUGUUGGUUUCUAUGGAUGGACUAGCCUCAUACUAAGAGGUCAAGAAGAUGAAUGCAAAAGUGCUCAAGGAUUCAAGGCAGAGGUAAGGAGUAAACUAAUAAGCAAAGGCUAUAGAAUUUUGGGAAUUGUUGGAGAUCAAUGGAGUAGCAUUGAGGGACUUCCAAGUGCAAAAAGAACAUUCAAACUACCAAAUCCAUUAUAUUAUGUUGCUUGAUUUGGAUCAUAAUUUGUUUCUUUUACUUGUGAAUUUGUCAUGACUUUGUGAGGAAAAAGCAUAACUUAUUGAUGUGAUC